AAACUGGCUCUUCGGCAUUCAGAGCCCAACUAUGUGAGCCGUGAGCCCUGCGCCAUAGACAGGGCCCCAGGCGUCGUUCCAAGCUGUGUCCCAGUCCCACUACUGUUGGAAUUCUUCAUCCCACAGCAGCCCCCCGGGGCCACAGGCUCUUCCGCCCAGGCUCCAGUGUUCCCUCACAACUGUGAGCUUUCCCAGGCCCACGCCGCCAGCACCUUGGGGUGAGCCAUGGCCAGACCUGGAGAAGAGCUGCCGCAGGAGGUCUUAGCUCUCAUCUUCCGCCACCUGUCCCUGAAGGAUCGUGCUGCCGCUGCCCAGGUCUGCAGAGCCUGGGCCGAGGCUGUCACCUGCAGCUCCAUAUGGCACCACAUGAACAUCAGCUGCGACGGUGAGAUGGAAAGCACGCUGCUCCCUUCUCUGUUCUCCUGCCUCCACCACAUUCGCCAUCUCCAGCUGGGGUUUGAGCCGUCCAGUGAGCGGAGCCGGGCCGCCGCCACUGAGCUGCUGACGGUGCUGGCGGACAGGGCCUGCGGGCUGCGAAGCCUGCGCCUGGAGUGUCACGGCGAGAAGCGCCUCUUCGACGCCGGCCGGGACGUGCUGAGUGCAGUGCACGCUGUCUGCGGGGCUGCCCGCGAGCUCCGCCACCUCGACCUGCGGAGCCUGCCCUUCACCCUGGACGACGGGCUGGUGCUGCAGGUGGCUCGUGGCUGUCCCAGACUCCACAGCCUGUUCCUAGACAACCACACAUUGGUGGGCAGCGUGGGACCCCAAUCGGUGCUAGAGCUGCUAGACGCCUGCCCACACCUGUACGCCCUUGGGCUACACCUGGCCAGUCUGUCACGCACCGCCCUGGAAAUGCUGGCCGCCCCGGAUCGCGCGCCUUUCAGGCUCCUCGCCGUGCGGUGUGCCUGCCCAGAGGAUGCCCGUGCGUCCCCACUGCCUGAUGAAGUCUGGGCUGCCGUGCGCCAGCGCAACCCCGGGCUGGCAGUGGAGCUGGAGCUGGAGCCCGCGCUGCCUGUAGAAAGCGUGAUGCGCAUCCUGCAGCCCACUGUGCCGGUGGCUGCGCUACGUCUCAACCUCUCAGGCGACUCCGUGGGUCCGGUACGCUUUGCAGCGCGCCACUACGCGGACACCCUGCGCCAGCUUGAGGUGCGAGCCGCUGCCUCCGCCACACUGGACGCAGCACUAGAGGAGCUGGCAGCGUGCUGUGUGGGCCUGCGCGAUGUGCACUGCUUCUGCGUGGUGAGCCCCUCGGUGCUGAACGCCUUCCGCACUCACUGCCCGCACCUGCACAGCUACACCCUCAAGCUACAACGCGAGCCGCAUCCGUGGCGGCCCACACUUGUGGCGUGAUGCUUUGGAGACUGG